GCAGCAGCUUUUGGAAGACUUGAGGGAGAAGCAGUAAGAGGUCUUGCGUUUAAGGGAGGAACGUCUUUCCCUCCAGGAAAACGACUCCAGACUGAAGCACAAGCUGGUUCUCCUGCAGCAACAGUGUGAAGAGAAACAGCAGCUCUUUGAGUCCCUCCAGUCAGAGUUACAAAUCUACGAGGCACUUUAUGGCAAUUCCAAGAAGGGGAUGAAAGCUUACAGCCUGGAUGUCUGUCACCAAAUCCCUUUGAGCAGUGACCUGAACCACCUGGUGGCAGAGGUAUGAGCUCUGAGAGGGCAGCUGGAGAAGAGCAUUCAGGGGAACAAUUGUCUGUGACUGCAGCUGCAACAGCAGCUGGAUAGCCUGCUGGCAAAGCCAGCCUCAGCCCCUCCUCUGUUAACCAGAACUUCCCAGCCAGCGCUGACCCUGGAAACAAGCAGCUGCUCCUCCAAGAUUCAGCUGUGUCCCCUCCAGUCCGGGAUGUUGGUAUGAAUUCCCCAGCUCUGGUCCUCCCCAGCUCUGCUUCCUCUACUCCUGGCUCAGAAACGGCCAUAAUCAACAGAACACAUGGCUUGGGUUUGGAUACUUCUCCAGUAAUGAAGACCCCUCCCAAGCUGGAGGGUGAUGCUACUGAUGGCUCCUUUGCCAAUAAGUAUGGCCGCCAUGUCAUUGGCCACAUUGAUGACUACAGUGCCCUAAGACAGCAGAUUGUGGAGGGCAAGCUGCUGGUCAAAAAGAUAGUGUCUCUUGUGAGAUCAGCGUGCAGCUUCCCUGGCCUUGAAGCCCAAGGCACAGGGGUGCUAGGCAGCAAAGGCAUUCAUGAGCUUCGGAGCAGCACCAGUGCCCUGCACCAUGCCCUAGAGGAGUCGGCUUCCCUCCUCACCAUGUUCUGGAGAGCGGCCCUGCCAAGCACCCACAUCCCUGUGCUGCCUGGCAAAGUGGGAGAAUCAACAGAAACGGAACUUCUGGAACUGAGAACCAAAGUAUCCAAACAGGAGCGGCUCCUUCAGAGCACAGCUGAGCGUCUGAAGACCGCCAACCAACAGAAGGAGAGCAUGGAGCAGUUCAUCGUCAGCCAGCUAACCAGAACACAUGAUGUUUUAAAGAAGGCAAGGACUAACUUAGAGAGCAGCACUUACAGGAUUGCCUGUGUAAAGCCUUAUUCCUGUCCCAGAAAAGGUAAAAUCCCUAAGGGCUCUGCUGUGUACUCCAGCCUUGUGACCCUUGCUUUCCAGGAACCAUGCAAGAAGUGCAGCCACCAGAAGUCCUUAUAUAGGUUGGAAUGCAGUGUCACUUGGCUCACUGAAACCUCCGCAUCCCAGGCUCAAGUGAUUCUCCCACCUCAGCCUCCCGAGUAGCUGGGACUACAGAUGUGCUCCACCACACCUAGGUAAUUUUUGUAUUUUUGGUAGAGAUGGGGUUUCACCAUGUUGGCCAGGCUGGUCUCAAACUCCUGCUCAAGCAGUCCGCCUACCUCGGCCUCCCAAAGUGCUGGGAUUAUAGGCACCCUUUUCCCUUUCAAUUUAUUUGAUAUUUAUUUGGGCACAUCUCUGAAGUACUGAAUUGCCGAGUUUUAAAAAAUCCUAUGACAAUUCUCUCGUUCUAAGUUUCUCUUCUGGGCUCUGGUUUCCUUGUAUCUUCCCAUUUGCAGAGCUCACUACAGACUACGUUGCUCUGUGUUAUGCCUGGGUUCCUUUAAAUGCCAAAAAAUUAUUUAGCUUUGGCAGCAGCUGCUGCCUACCAGGCCUGUAGCCAAGGCAUGUUGUGAAGUGGAGUCCUCCUGGACACAGUUGUUUACGACCUUUCACCUUGUAACCUGGUAUUCUGAUAAAAACCUGCCCCGAUUCUCCUUUCCCAGUUCUUGGGUCUAAGAAGAAAGAAAUUUUGUAAACUCUUGUCCUAAAAUCAGGGUAUAAAAACACUUGUGAGGUUUGGGAAAAGGGGUGGGCCAAGGAGGAACAGCAAAGUAGGGCACAGUCAAAGAGUUUUGCAAGUUGGAUCAUCUUUAUCUGCCCCUUCUCUACCCUCUUCAGUCCCAGUGCCAACAGGAAACCAAGUGGUGAUUGUUGUUUGUUUGCUUUACUGCAGGUGACAGAAUAAAGCCAGCAGUUUCAGGGAGGGAAGUGCCCUCAGCACUUUGUUGCCAGUCAGAGACAAGACACUGAUUGCAUUUCUCUUUUCUUUAACCUCUGGCCUGACAAACAUUUAGAACAUGAAGACUCAUAGUUCUUAAUGCAGAACAAAGCCCCUUCUUGGUCCUUUUAAUCACUCCUCUCACCUCUACUCUGUAAACUUCCCUUUUACCCUUACCCAUUUUCCUUUCUCUCUCUCUUUUUUUUUCCACAUAGGGUCUCACUCUCAACCAGGUUGGAAUGCAGUGUCACUUGGCUCACUGAAACCUCCGCAUCCCAGGCUCAAGUGAUUCUCCCACCUCAGCCUCCCGAGUAGCUGGGACUACAGAUGUGCUCCACCACGCCUAGGUAAUUUUUGUAUUUUUGGUAGAGAUGGGGUUUCACCAUGUUGGCCAGGCUGGUCUCAAACUCCUGCUCAAGCAGUCCGCCUACCUCGGCCUCCCAAAGUGCUGGGAUUAUAGGCACCCUUUUCCCUUUCAAUUUUUUCCCUAAGGAAUUUAGAGGCAAAUUAAGAGUUUGAAGACUGCCCCAAGUCAUAGAUCAAUAAGAAUCAAUUAACAAUUGUAAGCCAGGUGUGGUGGCUCAUGCCUGUAAUCCCAGCACUUUGGGAGGCUGAAAUGGGAAGAUCACUUGAGGCCAGGAAUUCAAGAAGAUCACCCCGGGCAUUGUAGUGAGACCCCAUCUCUCUUUAAAAAAAAAAAAAAAAAAAAAAAAAAAAGGCUGGGUGCGGUGGCUCACGCCUGUAAUCCCACCACUUUGGGAGGCUGAGGCAGGCAAAUCACGAAGUCAGGAGAUUGAGACCAUCCUGGCUAACACGGUGAAACCCCGUCUCUACUAAAAAUACAAAAAAUUAGCCGGGUGUGGUGGCGGGCGCCUAUAGUCCCAGCUACUCGGGAGGCUGAGGCAGGAGAAUGGCGUGAACCUGGGAGGCGGAGCUUGCAGUGAGCCGAGAUCUCGCCACUGCACUCCAGCCUGGGCGACAAAGUGAGACUCCAUCUCAAAAAAAAAAAAAAAAGAAAUUGUAUAGCAUGUUAGAGUUCCAAGUGACUUUUUAAGUAAUUGCCAUUUAUUGAGCACCUAUAAUGAACCAAGUCUUUUAUAUAAUUAUGUCAGUGAUAUUUAUAAGGUCAUCUGUCAUGUUGUUCUAGAAAGUAUUUGAGGUUAGAUUGUUUCAUUUAAUUCUCUCAAUAACCUUGUGACUCGGUGUUGGUUCAGUCAGGCUCAGAAGUGAAGUAAUUUGCCUGAGGUCACAGAUUUUGUAAGUAGAGCAAGAUCUUGAACCUGCCCAUGUCUGUCUAAAAGUAUGUACUAUAAAAAUGUGUUGUCUUGGCUCUCAGUGCUUUGAUACACAGUAUCUUGUUUGAUUCUCACAAUAGUCUAAUAAAGGAUUCAGGGCAAGACUCAGAGAAUUUUAGAGUUAAAUGGGACUGUAGCAGUCUUUUAUUUUUUUUUAAACCAGUUCUUAUUUUGGUUAAGUGACUUGACCUGGGACAUAAGCUAGUAUCUGGUGGAGCCACUCUCCAAACCCAGGAUUCUCUUUAUUAUCUAUUUGUUUAUUUUGUUGUUGCCCAGACUGGAGUACAGUGGCACAAGCAUAGCUCAGUAGCGGGAACUACUAGGAACACACACCAUACCCAGCUAAUUUUUUUUUUUUUUUUGAGAAAUGGUCUCACUUCAUCACCAGGCUGGAGUGCAGUGACAUGACCAUGUCUCACUGUAACCUCAACCUCCAGGGCUGAGGUGAUCCUUCCACCUUGGCCUCUUGAGUCAGCUGGGACUACAGGCACAUGCCGGGCUAAUUUUCGUAUAUUUUGGUAGAGAUGGAGUCUUGCCAUGUUGCCUGGGCUGGUCUGGAACACCUGGGCUCAAGCUAUCCACCCACCUUGGCCUCCCAAAGUGCUGGAAUUAUAGAUAUGAGCCACCAUGUCCAAUCUUGUUUGUUAAUUUAGUUUUAACUUUUAAAAAUAUCUCAUCUGGAAGCCCACAUUUCGUGUUUACUGAGAUCAAUUUUUCUACCAUGAUAAGCAAAGGAUAGAGAUCUCAGUAUUGUCCAAUGUCAUGGCAAGGUGGGGAGAGGGGCUGAAUUAACUUGUUUGGAGGUAUUGUAGGCUCAUUUAAGAUAGUUCUUUUUGGCUGGGCGUGGUGGCUCACGCCUGUAAUCCCAGCAUUUUGGGGGGUCGAGGCAGGCAGAUCAACUGAGGUCAGGAGUUUGAGACC